AUGGCGGCGGCGGCGGAGCGGAGCUUUGCCCAGAUGGGGCUGGACGCGCGGAUCCUGCAGGCGGUGGCCGAGCUGGGCUGGGCCGCACCGACCCCGAUCCAGGAGAAGGCGGUCCCGCUGGCGUUGGAGGGCAAGGACCUGCUGGCGCGGGCCAGGACGGGCUCCGGGAAGACGGGUGCUUACGCCUUGCCGCUGCUACAGCGCCUUCUGGCCGCCAAGGCGUCGGCGCUGGUGGCGGAGCAGGCGGUGCGGGGCCUGGUGCUGGUGCCCACCAGGGAGCUGGCGCGGCAGGCGCUGCGGAUGCUUCGGCGGCUGGCCGCCUACUGCGCUCGGGACGUGCGCGCAGUGGACCUCGCCGGCCCGGAGGACCCGGCCGUCCAGAGACCCCUCUUGAUGGAGAAACCAGAUGUGGUGAUAGGAACACCAUCACGGGUUUUGGCACAUCUACAAAUGCAAAACUUGAGACUGCAGAAUUCAUUAGAAAUUUUGGUGAUAGAUGAAGCUGACUUGCUUUUUUCAUUUGGCUUUGAGGAAGACUUGAAGAAUCUCCUGUGCCAUUUGCCCAAGAUCUACCAGACCUUCAUCAUGUCAGCUACCUUCAAUGAGGACGUGCAGACACUGAAGGAGCUGGUGCUGCACAACGCUGUGACUCUCAGGCUGCAAGAAUCACCAUUGCCAGAUAGCUCCCAGCUGAGCCAGUUCCAGAUCCAGUGCGAGACUGAAGAGGACAAAUUCUUGCUGCUCUACGCCCUCCUAAAGCUUUCCCUGGUGCGGGGAAAAGUUCUCCUCUUUGUCCGCAGGAUUGACCGCUGCUACCGUCUCAAACUUUUCCUGGAGCAGUUUGGAAUCGCUGCCUGUGUCCUCAAUUCAGAGCUUCCCGCUCAGUCCCGAUGCCACAUCAUCAGCCAGUUCAAUCGGGGCAUCUACAGUUACAUCAUUGCGACAGAUGAGCAGGACCUGGCAGAACCAGAGGGGACCACCAGGAAAAGGAAGAAGGGCACCAAAGGAGAAAAGGGCAAAGAUCAGGAAUACGGGGUCUCCCGAGGCAUCGACUUCCACAACGUGUCCGCGGUCUUCAACUUUGAUUUCCCUCCCUCCUUUGAAUCCUACAUCCAUCGAGCAGGCAGGACAGCCCGUGUUCACAACCCUGGCACCGUCCUGACCUUUGUCUUGCCCUCUGAGAGGCUUCUCCUUGCCAAGAUUGAAGAGUUGCUUACGGCCGAGAGCGCAAGCAAGUACACCUUGACGCCCUACCAGUUCCAGAUGGGGGAGAUCGAGGGACUCCGCUACCGCUGUCAGGAUGCCAUGCGGUCGGUCACCAAGCAGGCUAUCAAAGAAGCUCAACUCCGUGAAAUCAAAGAAGAAUUGCUCAACUCAGAGAAGCUCAAGACGUACUUUGAAGACAAUCCCCGGGAUCUGAAUUUGCUGCGCCAUGACAAGCCCCUUCACCCGGCAAUCGUUAAGCCUCACCUGCGCAAUGUCCCAGAAUACUUGGUGCCUCAGGGCCUCCGGCCAGCAGUUCCACCUCUCGCUGGGAAACGCAAGCGUCGGAAAUGCCCAGCCUCCACUAGCCAGAGCCAGCGGAACCCCUUGCACAGCUUCAAGAACACCAAGAAGAAAUUGCGGACCUCGGCAAAGCUCAAAUAAGAGACCUUGGUUCCUACCAGCUGCAGAACGAGUGGAAGUUAUCAGAGUCUGGUUUUCAUUUCCCAGAUGUCAGAAGUGCAAUAAAACCGCCCUCUCCUGUUUUCAGUUUUUUCAAGUCACUUGGCUCCUCUUGCCAAACUGUCUCUUGCUAAAUAAAUUCCAAUUGGCUCGGUUUACACUUGCCAAGACAAAAGACCAUA